AUGUCAUCUCAAAAGAAAGUUAACUCUUGGGCACGAAGGAGGACUUCACAGGGUAGUAGUAGCUAUCAGACUAGACUCUCAGCCUGGAGAGUAAAAGAGGACCUAAGUGACUCAAAGAGCAUCUCAAAACGUGGACAGAACAAUACUGUGGAAGAUUAUGAAGGUGCUGAUGAUCAAGCAGAAGACGCUCUACAGAUAGCAUUGAGAUAUUUUGAGAAAGGUCCCAUUAAAACUUCACAGAGUAAAGAGAAACACUUGAAAACUGUGGAAAAUGUGGCAUGGAAGAAUGGGUUAGCUCCAGAAGGAAUCGACAUUCUAUUAAGUGUGGCACUCAGUGGCAAAUUUGGGAGUGCUGUAAACACGCGGAUAUUCAAGUGUAUAAUUCCAGUAACUCUAAUAUCAGAAGAUUCUGUGGUUAAGGCGGUCUCCUGGCUUUGUGCUGGCAAGUGUUCUGGUAGCACCAAGGUGCUUUUUUAUCGUUGGCUGGUUGCAAUGUUUGACUUCAUUGAUCACAAGGAGCAAAUUAACUUGCUCUAUGGCUUCUUUUUUGCUUCAUUGCAAGAUGAUGCACUGUGCCCUUAUGUCUGCCAUUUGUUAUAUUUACUUACCAAAAAAGAGAAUGUCAAACCAUUUCGUGUGAGAAAACUGCUUGAUCUUCAGGCCAAAAUGGGAAUGCAGCCUCAUCUCCAGGCUUUGUUGUCACUGUAUAAAUUCUUUGUUCCUACUUUGAUUUCUGUAUCUUUGCCUAUGAGAAAGAAGAUCUAUUUUAAGAAUUCAGAGAAUCUGUGGAAGACCGCUCUACUUGCUCUGAGGUCAAGGAAUCAAGGAUUUCCUUCAGAACCUCUAAAGUUGAUGUUAGCUAAUGUCCAUCCUAUAAAAAGAAAUUGGAAUUCUCACUCAAUUAUACCAGUACUAAAUUCCUGUAACUACAGUAAAGAAAGUAGAAAAAAAAGGAUGAAUCUUUCUGAUUACUUCAGUAGCAAUGGAUCAUUUCCACUGGAACAGCUUAAAAGCUUCCCUCAACUCUUACAGAACAUUCAUUGCUUAGAGCUGCCUUCUCAGAUGGGCGCAGUGCUGAACAGCUCUCUGCUACUUCACUAUAUUAACUGUGUCAGAGAUGAGUCAGUCUUACUGAGGCUCUAUCACUGGUUGAGUCAAACAUUACAAGAAGAGUGUAUUUGGUACAAGGUGAAUAAUUAUGAUCAUGGGAAAGAAUUUGCCAACUUCCUGGACACUAUCCUCAGGGCAGAAUGCUUCUUACAAGAGGGGUUUUAUUCCUGUGAAGCAUUCCUGUAUAAGAGCCUUCCUCUCUGGGAUGGCCUCUGUUGUCGAUCACAGUUCCUUCAACUUGUGAGCUGGAUUCCUUUUAGUAGCUUCUCUGAGGUGAAGCCACUUCUUUUUGACCACCUUUCUCGGCUUUUCUUUACAUCAUCUAUUUUUUUCAAGUGUAGUGUUCUUCAGUGUCUGAAAGAACUACUGCAGAAUUGGCUGCUGUGGCUUUCUAUGGACAUCCAUGUGAAAUCUGUGAGGAACAGUCCUCUAGAGACAACUUUAGGUGGAUCCAUGAACUCUGUGUCCGAACUGAUUCACUAUGUAGGAUGGCUGUCCACUACUGCAGUGCGCUUGGAAAGCAACCAUACUUUCUUGCUGCACUUUAUUUUGGAUUUCUAUGAGAAGGUGUGUGACAUAUAUAUAAAUUAUAACCUUCCAUUAGUGGUGGUGUUUCCUCCUGGGGUCUUCUAUCCUGCACUCCUCAGCCUGGAUUCCAGUAUCCUGAAUCAACUCUGUUACAUUAUGGACAGGUAUCAUAAAAAUUUGACUGCUGCAAAGAAAAAUGAGUUUGUACACAAGACAAAAUCAGAGUUCAGCUUCAGCAGCAAGACCUAUCAAGAAUUUAAUCAGUAUUUGACAGCCAUGGUUGGUUGUCUGUGGACAUCCAAACCCUUCCAGAAAGGAUUAUCUAUUGACCCUGAAAUCUUAGGAAAUGCUUCAGUAGCAGAGUAUAAAAAAAGUUUAAAUUUAGUCCAUCAUCCUGCUUUCUUGAGUUAUACUGUUUCCUUUCUGCUACAGGAAUGCCCAGAAGAAAGGAAAGUAAACAUGAGCUCUAUACGGGGGAAGAAAUGGAACUGGUAUUUGGACUAUUUAUUUUCAGAGGGGUUACACGGCUUGAAACACUUCAUAAGAAGUAGUAUUCAUCGUUCUUCUGUCCCCUGA